AGGGAUUUUCUCAGAUGCAAAUAUAGUUUGGAACGGUGCCAACAAUGAUGGGCAUGAAAAUGGAAACAAAAAAACCGUCCUCGUUCGUGAAAACAUGGCCCCUCGAGGCCCAGUCCUGGAAGAAGUGCCCUGUCUGGACAAAUGGAACCUCGAUUUUGAUGUGGCAUUUCAUGUGGGAAACAUCUUGGCCUUCGUGGCCUUUGCUAUUCCAAAACAAUAUGCAUUCAGCUUGAUCUCUUUUCGCGGGAUCAUGGCUUUGGCCUUUGGUUUGACUGUGAUUUGGAUCUACGAUAUGCCUUGCUCAAUGGACAUGCUCGGUCUGAGUAUCGCCAAUUUGGCCAUCAACCUAAUUUUCUUUGUCCACCUCUUUAUCCAACACUUCCCUGUCUAUAUCAACCCACAACUACGCGACCUUUACAAAAAAAACUUUGAACCGCUUCAGAUUUCAAAGAAGGACUUCAAGAGCCUCACCAAAGAUUACUCCGUGGAUAUGAUUCGGGCCGGUGAGACGUUUGCCUCGGAGAACGAGACCAGGAUCGGACCUCGAUUGCGGGUUCUCCUACACGGCAAACUCAGAGUCAAAUGUGACGACACUUUCCUCCACUUCAUCCAUCCCAAUGAGUUCGUGGACUCCAUCGAGUGGCGCAGCCGAUACACGGACAAUCCGGAUGAUAAAUUUCAGGUCUCCAUUCAAGUGGUGAACGACUCCACAAUAUUGACCUUGCCGUCAGAAACCUUGGAGCACACCUUUGCCGAGCAAUCUAAACUCAAGUUUAUCCUGGAUUGCGUCAUCGGGAAGGAUAUCACCCGGAAGUUAUAUAUGCUUAAUGAAAAUGUGGCCAACAUGUCCAAUCUCAAGAAUGUCAAGAAGAACGCGAUUAAACCCUUGGAUUUUCACCGGACCAACUCCUUUGAUGCCAUCCAUACCGGAUGCAAAGGCCUGGUUCGCUCUCAAAAUUGGAUGAGAGGCUCCGAGCUCUUCGACGCCCAUGAAGGCGAGCAAUUGGCCGUGAUGAAUUUUACCCUGGAUAUUCCCCCGCCCAUGACUUAUCUACCGCAUGCCGUGCCCGUUCAAACCGUGGAUAAAUCCGCCGUAGCCGAGGCUCAGUUCCUACAACAACAGCGUCGCUUCUGGCCACAUGCCUUACUCUGAGAGCCAAAACAUUAUGAUAACGAUAUGAUAUGUUUAUCCUGUUAUUUCCGUAUAAUUUGCGACUAACCGGGCUAAAAUGACUUUUGAUUGAUA